UAUUUCCUAAUGGGCAAGCCGCAUACCCCCACUUCUGGCCUCACAGGCCGGGCCACUCGUGGCUACAUUGCCUGGGACGUCUCGGGUCGUCGGUUCGUGUUUCUGAAAGAUUGCUGGCGAGUAGACUCUCCGAAUCUGCUGAAGGAGGGCGAUGUGUUGCGUCGGUUGAACAAGGCCAGCGUUCAUUUCGUGCCCACAUUGGUUUGCGACGGGGAUGUUGCAGGUCAGACUACAUCGUCACCGGAUCAUUGGUGCGAUCGGGAUGGCGCAUUUAACGCCAUGAAGCGGCACGUGCAUUACCGUCUGGUGGUGAAGGAAAUUGGACAAAAGCUAGAGGAGUUCACUGAUUCGAGGGAACUGGUCGAGGUGAUAUAUGAAUGCAUCUGUGCGCAUGCCGAGGCCUUUGACGAGGCGCGCAUUCUUCAUAGAGACGUUAGCGCCGGGAAUAUUCUAAUCUUGCGAACGCGAAACGCGGAUGGCGAGAUUGAGACAAGUGGGCUGCUGAACGACUGGGAUCUUUCAAAGAGUAUAGAUAUUCAGGGAGCCAGACAAGUUGACCGGACCGGUACAUGGCAAUUUAUGUCCGGACUACUCCUGGACGACCCCUCCAAGACCCAUGAACUGCAGGACGAUGUCGAGUCUUUCUUGCACGUCUUGAUCUUCGAGGCGGUCCGCUAUUUGCCU